GGAACCUGGGCGCGACAAUGCCUUCCAACAGCAAUCGAAGAGCCUUUUCGGAAGAAUGUCACAGUGGAUGGGGUCUCUAGACCCAUUGGUCUCUGGGUCAACGGCUGGGAUUCAGCAGAGGUCAUUAGCGAGCUCUUUGCCAUCCUGGUCAGCGAAUCCCUCGGAUACAACGUCGUGCUCAACGAGGGCAGCAAUGGUCGGACACAGGUGUAUCGCCUAGCCGGAUGCGACGGUGUUCCAGAAGACGGUUGCGACCCACCCCGAAAGUAUGAUCUUGGUCUGGAAAGCUGGUUCGCGGCAACCGACUACGGUUCUGUGACGCUGAAAGAACUUGGUCCGACAGCGCCCACCAUUAUCAACAUCCUCCCCUAUAUUGGCAAUAGCGGCAUGUUCAUCAUGGGCGAGCCGAAGCAGAGGGCGAUGAUGGAAGAUGGCCUUGCUUUGGAGUAUUAUCGCUUCUACGACGUGAAUUGGUUCCACCCGCAGAAAUUCACGACCAAAGUCCACGAGAUCCCUUUGGAUCGUCUCAAAGGCUGCGCAGCCAGUGUGCAGAGCUUGUACCCCGAUAUCGCGGACAUCUAUCUCGCGGCGACGGGAGACGAGGAUGGCGUGGAGGAAGUGAAUGGCACCAAGGUCCUGAAGUGCUACCAGGGCAAGUGGUUUGCAUCUCCGGCUUGCCGGGCACAGCCUGAAAACUGCACUGCACU